AUGGAGAAUCCCGCGCAGGCGCGCAACGAGGCUAGCGGUAACGGAUCCCACUCGGACAGCGAGUACGAUUACGAGGACCGCGAAGAGUGCGAACUGCAGCAAAUAGCGACCGCUGCCCCUCAUAUUCCUCAUCAUCAUAAUAAUAAUAAUAAUCAUCAUGCUUCUCGUACUCGCACCCCCAAUCCCCCGCCGCCCGGACCCACCCCGUACGCGCUUUCCCUGGUGAGCGACAUACCGUCCGCGUUCGAGCUCUUCUUUACGCGCGCGAUCCGUGCGCUCGUCUUGGAGAUGACGAACCUGCAUGCCGAGCGCACGAGCUACGGUCUGCGCAACCCGUGGUGGAAAGCGGGCAUGGGCGAAGCGGAGCUGCGCGCUUACGCGGGCCUCCUCAUCCUCGCGGGCGUGUACAGGUCCCGGGGAGAGGCCGCGGCGAGCCUGUGGGACGCGGAGAGCGGACGCUCGAUAUUCCGAGCGACCAUGCCACUGAAAGCGUUCUACGCGUACUCUACGCUGCUGCGCUUCGACGACCGCGAGACGAGGGCGCAGAGGAGAUCCUCGGAUAAGCUCGCCGCGGUGAGAGAACUCUGGGACAGGUGGGCCGACAGGCUGCCCUACAUGUACAACCCCGGACCCGAUGUCACCGUGGACGAACAGCUGGUCCCCUUCAGAGGUCGCUGCCCCUUCAGACAAUACAUGCCCAGCAAACCGGCCAAAUACGGGAUCAAGUCUUGGGUUCUGUGCGAUGCCAAAUCCAGCUACGCGUGGAAGAUGCAGGUCUACCUGGGGAAAGAUAAUAAACCCUCGACCCGCGCGCGUCCCGAAAAAAACCAAGGCACGCGCGUGGUACUGGAUCUAACGGCCGACCUCCUCGGACCGCGCAACGUGACCUGCGACAACUUCUUCACGUCCUACGAGCUCGGCCAGCGGCUCCUAGACGCGAACCUGACCAUGCUCGGAACCGUUAGGAAGAACAGACCCGAGCUCCCUACCGCGCUCAUCUCCGCUAAAGGUAGAGCCGCAUUCUCCUCCGAGUUCGCGUUCGCUACCGGACCGGGACCGGGAGGAAACAGAACCACCACGCUGGUCUCGUACGUACCGAAGAAAAACAAGAACGUGCUGGUGAUGACUACGCUACCGUGCGAGCGCCCCGAUCGCAAACCCGAGCUGGUGCUCAAGUACAACGCGACCAAGGGAGGAGUCGACAACCUGGACAAGCUGGUGGCCACCUACAGUUGCAGGAGGAUGACCUCCCGCUGGCCCGUGGCCGUGUUCCACAACAUACUCGACGUGUCCGCGUACAACGCUUACGUGAUAUGGCGAGAAACGAACCCGGGCUGGCUGUCCGGGCAUCGCAACAAGCGCAGGUUCUUCCUCGAGCAGCUGGGUAAAGCGCUCGUGGCCCCUCUUAUAGAGAAAAGACGCGGGCUGCCCCGCUCCGAGGCCUCGCUCGCGCUGGUCCGAUGCGUGAGAACCGCUGCGAGCGCGAACGCGAACGCGAGCGGGGCUCGGUGCGAGUCUCGUCCGCAUUCUCGUGCUCAUCCUCAUCCACAACCGCCUUCGCGAGAGGACCCCUCUGAAACUGGGUCACGUGACAGAACCGAACCGCUCCAGCAGCAGCAGAAACCCCAAGCCAGCAAGAGGAAGCGGUGUCAGAUAUGCCCCGCUAAAAAAGACAGCAAAACCUUCACCACGUGCCGAGGCUGCAGCAAGUACGUGUGCAGGAGCUGCGCGCUUCCGUACUGCCCUUCGUGCGUGUGAGCGCGUGCGCGUGGUACACACGGAGGAGAUGAACGAAGAUCGAGAUAGCGGGAGGGUUAACGCUCAAGACAUUCUCAUCCGAGCACACAUACGUAACGUGAGCCCUCUAGGGGGCGUUUUUAAAAUCCAAUUCUAAAAGGGGGGCACGCGCGAGAGAGCGAAGGGGGCUCGGGCUCGAUUCCCGUUUCGGACACCAGAAGAGUGAGAAACAACACAGAGAGUUACAGUUGUGAUCUUUAUUGCAUGUACUUUAGCACGUAUAUGGACAACCACAUUACACUACAUAUUCAUCCACCGCGGCCCACCAGCCGUGGGUCCAGUGCUUCCCGUGUGAGAUACAAGAGGCCUGUUGGUAGAAACACAUGAUCGCGUUUAUCCCAGUAUCGCGUCCCCUCAGAACGUUGAAUCGCACCAUGGGUCCGGAAAUGCGACGCUGGAACAGCUUAGCAUAUUCAUACCCGACCAUUACCAUACAGUUUUCUUCCUGGAUGCCUGCCCGCUCUAUCACCCUCGUGUCCAAAGAGUACAAGUCCCUAUCAUUCUGCCUGACCAUGCGCACAAUGUCCAUGUCCUGUACGUCCAUAAACGUGAGCAUGCCCUCAGGGGAGAUCCACUCCCGGGGUGGGUUGUAAAACCGGAUAUCCAUGUCCACAUACAUCAGCGCGUUACCAGUCAAAACGGAGGCGCGCUCCGCGCUGCACUUGGCUCUCACCACGUCUCUGAACCUAGGGGCCUCGUACAUGGCGAGCUGCCUCAGAUAGUCCAUAUAGUAGACUCUGUUAUAUUCCUCCACCACCCAGUUAUACCCAUCCGGUGGAUACAGAUCGGGUAGAUCUUCGAGACACACGGGAAUUAGAUUUUCCCCUCGGACCUGACCGAGCAUCUCUUCCUCGUUGGUCAUGUUCCACCUAGAAUAAAAUAGAACAUGUACGUAGUCUCGCAUCGUCCGUGCUUGAUGCGUUAUACUGGCCACAUAGUUGUGUCUCUCUCCGGGUCUCCCCGCUGGCAUGGGACGACCGAAUACGCUAACCCAGGUGUACAUUAUUAUAUCGGGCGUUAGCGUGAUAUAGUCUUCGGGAAUCGUGUACUGAAACUUGUCCAGCAUGUACCGCGUCACGGCCUCCUUGCCUCCGACGAUGCGCGAGGAUAACAUGCGCGCAGCCAACGCGGUUGACUUCCUUGCAAAUGACCCCAUGGCUUACAAGACAGGGAAUAUCUGUACUGCUUAUAAUGUAGCAGUGUCCAACGAGAUUCCUUAUUUUGUGUAUCAGCCGAGAAGGGCUGGGUACCGUUGGCUUCAUAAAUACAACACAUCUUAAACGUAACAAGCUCCGUAUACACGAGAUACGUACACAGAGGCAGAGAUGAUGGGUUAACAGCAUUUGCACCUGCUGAGAGUGGUCCGCUUCGUGCUGUAUAGAGCUUCUCUUUUCGGGGUUGCAUGUGAAUGAAAGGGGAAUUGUAGUGUCAAUAAAGCAACGUACAGCCGUGUACCACUGUGGUGACUGUUUAUUUCAGUAUGUUCACAGAAGCAUAUGAUCGCAUAGAACAAAGUACAGCAUAGCGCGGAACGAUGUCACACCAACGUAUCACAGGAUGUCAUUUAUUGAAACUACACGGGUACUGGGUGACCACGCUUGAGUGGGACUGUGACCGAGCGUUGGGGAAGGUACAUUGCAUUGGGAAAGAAUCGUAUUGUCAUACCAGGACCGGUAACCAUAGACAUUGUUUUCAUAUACAGCACACACGUUCAUAAUGUGGUAACUUGUAAUCGGUCCAACUCGGCGCCUCACGAGUCCAGAUCCCGAGCGUCUAUCCAAGUCUUAAUUCUAAAAGCGGGGGCACGCGCGAGAGAGCGAAGGGGAAGGGAACGGGUGCUUGAACUUAUCUAUUUAUCUGUUGUGCAAGCGGAGAGUCAGUUGUCACUUUUACUCUGGAGAUGCUAUAGGUAACAUCAUGGCUACAAGAAAUGUGAGAUCUGGUGACAUGAACCUGUUUUACCCCCUCUUGGAUGUAGAGAUUGCAUCUGCUCCGGCUCCGCGUUCAACUGAAGAUCAGGAAGAGUCAACAGAGAACAGACCGAACAGACAAGUACAAACCUUAACUCAUGAACCCAUAGACUCUAAACCCGAUUAUUGGCAGAGGUACAAGAGAAACGUACCCAAGAUGACCGUAAAACCAAAUACCGCACGGGUAUGUGCCUGUUGUACAUCUAGAUCAGAUCGAGAGGUACAAGACGAAUCUACACUUGGAGUGUGGCUCGAACCACAUUCGAAUCGCGAAAGGAGCCUCCGCAGACGUAACAGGAGACGGGUGAUACCUUCUGGGUUCUGGAAUCGCAGAUCUGGAACCGAAGUGGUCUACCUCGACGACUCUGAUUAAAAGACGAGCUUUGGUUUCGGGUUGAGCAGGAGAAGGCAACCUUGGUGGUUGUGGAGUCGCAGAUCUAGAACCGAAGUGGUCUACCUCGAUGACUCUGAUUAAAGGCUGAGCUUUGGUUUAGGGUUGUGUAAUGAAGAAGAACGAGCAUAUUGCAAAUAAAGUAA